AUGCUGAACUAUGGUAGUGAAAUGGGAGCACUUGGACAAAAAAUCGGCAAAGGACCAGCCAGAUCUAUGAACGCACUUACACAUGGAUAUCCCACAUUUGGUCUUACUGGUGAGCCCAGCAACGCUGACAAGAAGCUCAGUCAAGAAACAUUGAAAUCCUUCGGAAUACCAAAUCUUCCUGGAUAUCCCACAUUUGGUCUUACUGGUGAGCCCACCAAUGCUGACAAGAAGCUUAGUCAAGAAACAUUGAAGUCCUUCGGAAUACCAAAUCUACCCGGGUUAAAUAAGAUUUUCAACAAACUCGGUGGGAACCGUCCCAGCAAGAGAGUACGCGGCUACGAGCCAGGAUACGGAGCUGUGAAUCCGAAUGCACCAUUAGCUAUCGGAAAGGUAACGUUUCCUAAAUUGCAUGUUUGGACAACUAGCUAA